AUGGCCACUUCCGUUGCGACUAACCCUUCUACUUUGCUUCCACUCGAACUUGUGGAUAAAUGCAUUGGCUCUAGGAUUCACAUUGUUAUGAAAAACGAUAAGGAAAUAGUCGGUACUUUAUUGGGGUUUGAUGAUUUUGUCAACAUGUUGCUUGAAGAUGUAACGGAAUAUGAAUCUACGCCUGAAGGAAGACGAGUCACUAAAUUGGAUCAAAUAUUGUUAAAUGGAAAUAAUAUAACAAUGUUGGUUCCUGGUGGUGAAAUGCCUGGUGAAUAA